AUGUCUACAAAAGCGAAACCUCGCAAGAGGUCUUCCUCCAAAACAACUUCCGACACCAAAGGAAAGAUGAUCAUCUGUAGCUUAUCCGAUGCCAAAAGCACCAAAAAAUUUACUGUCAAGUCUUCCGCCGAGGAAAUCAUGGGGCCUACUGACACCAACCAGCCCAAUGCUGAUCGAAGCAGAAGCAGCACUGUUCACACGAGAACGCACACCAAAGAUCGACCGCACGCGUGCAAUCUCUGCGGCGAAACAUUUGCGCAGACCAGCACCGUCCUACGCCACCGCAAAAUUCACUCCGUGGUCAAGCCUUUCGUGUGUCAUAUCUGCGGCAAGGCUUACCCCGUCAGUCACGAUCUCAAAGACCACAAGGUUCACACCAAACCAUUCCAGCGUGGGAGAAGCCGUUCGUAUGCGACGUGUGUGGUGGAUGGAUCGUUCUCUCGUAAAACGCGCCUCAAAUCGCACAAGAGGAUUCACACCAGCGAGAGACCGUUUCGUUGUCACGUGAGCGAGAAAGCCGUUACGAUCAAUGGCAAUCUGAAACGUCACGCGAAAACGCACGACACCAUAGAGGAUUUUGUUUGUGAUAUUUGUGGCAAGGCUUUUCAUUUUAGCAGCGAGUUGUCACAGCACCGACGGAGUCACACCAACGAAAAACCGUAUGUCUAUGACAUCUGCAGCAAAGCUUUCACACAGGGCAGCAAUCUCAGACGUCAUUAUUAG